AUGAGCGCAAUCGAGGUGCAAGAAAAGCAGCAGGACAACUUGAACGAUCACACGACGUUUGUGGCCACUCCGGUGGUGGAAUCCGUCGAUCACGGGGGGCAAAAAGUGUUGAAUUUCCUCGGGAUCAAUUGCGCGACCGCUCGGUGCCGACACUGUUUCCAAACCGUUCCUCACGACCACGAGGACGCUUUGCUCGUGGACGAAGACGGAGAGAAUAAAGAUACCUCAAAUAAUAGUGAACCGAACACGCCGAAAACGCCGUGUGAUUCUCACUCGGAGUGGACGAAGACGUUUGAAGUGCAAAGGCAAAACAUGAAAAGCGCCAACAUACCGAAAACGGACGACGAAUACAAGAAAUCGGUGUUUACGCCGACGGACGAGUCGAGCACGAGAUUAUACGCGGAAAUGGACGCGUUGGAAACGAAUGCCAUGAUAAACGAGAGGUUGGUGAGUGGGGCGGUGAAGAAUACGGUGAAGAAACAGUAA